UGUGUGAGCUGCACGUCCACGCUGACUGCGCCGUCUUCAGCUGUGCAGACUGUCGCAGCAGUCACCUGGACGCCGCUCUGCAGCAGGAUACGUUCCACCACCACUGGAGGGAGGGGAACCUGCCGUCAGCCGCCAGGUGUGAGGUGUGUCGGCGUUCCUGCGGCUCGUCUGAUGUCAUGGCGGGGAUGAGGUGUGAAUGGUGCGGCAUCACGAGUCACGCGGCGUGUUACCUCAGCGUGUCACCAGAGUGCGCCCUGGGGCGUCUGCGCUGCAUGCUGCUGCAUCCGGCCUGCGUCCGCCUCGACUCCAGGAACUUCAGCAAGAUGCACUGCUACAGGAUCACCGAGAGCUGCAGCCACGACAUGGAUAACUCGGACGACGUGGAUCCGUCUGCUGCUGUGUCUAAAGACGGUCAGCCGGCCGCUGCAGAGUCAGGUAAACAGUCCCUGAAGGUGUUCGACGGCGACGACGCAGCGAAGCGCGGCUGCUUCCGAUUGGUCUCCAUCCUGCGAGCCACGAGGAACGAGGAUGUGGUG